CCCCUCAUAUCUCUGGACAAAACUUUCUCUGUGAAAAGGAAUAAUCUUGGACAUUUCUCAAAAAGAGAGCAUGAAGAUCACUUUUGACAGCUCCAGUGUGCCAGACGCUCUCCUUUGGAUUCCUCACUUUUGCGCAACAGGCUCUGCAAGAUAAAUUUAACAGGUUAACUCCGAUCAAUGCUGGAGGAAGAAGCAUGCUGCCCCCGUUUCGUUUUUUUGGCAUCGAGCAGGAGAUCAACCCAUGGGAUGUAGUGGAUGCAGAGUUAGGUUCAACUUCGGCAAGGUGCUCUCCAAAGUCUCCGUGUUCUUUACCAUGGUCCUGAUCUUCACCUACUUCUUCUACUGCCUCACUGGAUUCUGCGAUUCCGCUCCGAGGACUUUAUACACCCAGCAAGGUUUGGACUAUGACAUUUUGGACGAUAAUCGCCGCGUCCUGGACGACCUGCGACCUCCGGCGCGUCUCCUCCCCGACGCACCCUCGCUUCGGAACCAGACAGCAGCAUCCGUGGACGCAGAACAGGUGGACGCGCCCGGGCAGCUGCCUAUUCUUAACGCCGAGGAGAGCGCCCAGAUCAGCGGCAUCCCUGUGUCCAACACUUUUGGGACCAAAAGGUUUCCGCAGGCGAUUAUAAUCGGCGUGAAGAAAGGAGGGACCCGCGCUCUGCUGGAGUUUCUCCGCAUCCACCCGGACGUGAGAGCGGUGGGAGCAGAGCCUCACUUCUUCGAUAGAUUUUAUGACAGAGGACUGGAGUGGUACAGGACCCUGAUGCCUCGGACACUUGAUGGCCAAAUAACCAUGGAGAAGACCCCCAGCUACUUCGUCACAAAGGAGGCUCCGGGCCGUGUCUGCACCAUGAACUGCCAAACCAAGCUCAUUGUGGUGGUCAGGGACCCUGUGACAAGGGCUGUAUCUGACUACACUCAGACUCUGUCCAAAAACCCGGGUCUUCCAUCUUUUCAAAACCUGGCUUUGAAAAACUCCUCCACAGGUCUGAUUGACACCACGUGGAGCGCUGUUCGUAUCGGCCUCUAUGCCAAGCACCUGGAGAACUGGCUCCAGCACUUCCCCUUGUCUCAUUUUCUGUUUGUCAGCGGUGAGCGGCUUGUGUCUGAUCCGGCUGGGGAGAUGGGUCGUGUGCAGGAUUUCUUGGGCCUGAAACGGGUUGUUUCAGACAAACACUUCUACUUCAACCAGACCAAAGGCUUCCCCUGCUUGAAGAAGCCUGAGGGGAGCAGCAGGCCUCGCUGUCUUGGAAAGUCUAAAGGCAGACCCCAUCCUCAGAUUCCCUCUGAGGUCCUGCAGAGACUCAGAGACUUUUACAGGCCCUUUAACCACCACUUUUACCAGAUGAGCGGACAAGACUUUGGCUGGGACUGACAGAGAUUAGCCCAGAUAAAAGCCAGGAUCUGAGUCUGUUCUGUCUUCUGGAGAAAUUGACGUUAUGAUGCUCCAUGAGGCGAAUUCUCUCAGGGACAGGGUAGAGGAAUAUUGAGUCCAGAGGCUUUAUUUGUCUUUUUGGACACCAGCUGACAUGCGACACCUGAGCUGUCACUUUUUGUUGUGGAAGAGACGCCAACGUGGACUCAGAGCUGCCAAUAUAUGAAAAGUUAAUGGCUUAAUUAUUAGACGAUUAAACCAUUUUCUGGCUUGUAUGUCAAUGUUUGAAUUGAGCUGUAAACAAAAACCAAAGGGAGAGCAAAAACCUUCAGAUUUAAUUUUGACUUCUUUCUGUUUUUAUGAAAUAAGCU